AUGACGCUCCGGGGACUCCAAAAUCAAAACCCCUCUGUUCCUUUCUCCUCAGUCCUGGUUAACCCGCCACCGGCCUCAUCCUCCACUUCUUCCACAUCUCACCAGCCCUCCUCACCACCACAAGACACCCACAUCCCCGAUUUUCAGAACUCUGUGGAGCUACUGCAGAUUCAAAAUGAAGAGCUCCAUCAAUCCAUGGAGGCCCUUCAACAACAAGUAUCCCAGCAACUCUCCUUCCAAAACCAAUUGUCUGCCCAAUUUUCAGCUCUUCAAAACACUGUCCUCGCCUCCUUACUUCAAAAGAACCCACCCACCUCCACAAACCCCACCACCACUCCCUCCACCACCACUACUCCUGCCACCACUCCCACCACCCCCAACCCCACUUCAAUCCCAUUUGGCUCCUUCGACCCCAUGACGACGACAUGGACGGGCCUGGGGUUAUCUCAUCCCCCUCCUCUGUCCUUCGCCCCACUUCCACAGAGCCCUUACUCACAAGCACAAUCGUCUCAAUCUUCAACAAACACCACUAGCCUAUCAAGUUCCACAGCCACAUACUCCACAAUCACAUCACUGCCUCCACACAUGUUUUCCCCACCGCUUCCCAACUUUGGUUCAUCAACCUCCGGCUCUUCCGGCAACAACACCCUUUCUUUCACCAGAUUUCCACAGCAAACCCAAUUUCACCAUGAUUUUUAA